AUGCGCUUCCUCGACCUCGAAGCCUGCUCCGACGGCGAACUGCACUGUCUCUACCACGACCCCGAACGCACCAUCACGCUCCUCCAGCCCCGCACCUCCUGCGCACUGCACUUCUACGCCCCGCGCGACGACCCCCAUUCGCCCAUCAGCACGUUCCUCGCCCGCCGCCCGAACGCAGUCCACUCGUGGUGGCGCCAGGCGCUGCACGUCACGCGCACGCCGCAUCUCAGCACCGCACAACACACCAGCCUUGAUACCACGCUCCUUGACUCCCCGCCCGAACCCCCCCUCACCACCGCAGACACCGACGCAGCAACCCUAACCCACCUCUCCGCUCUCCUCCCCUCCAUCCCGCACACCCUCGCCCUCGCCCUCGCCCUCGACCCCGCCGAGCUCCUGGCCUCCCUCCGCCCCCUACCCACGCCCUGGCACUGGCCCCCGCACGCACACUACCUUGAAGCGCGCCGCAACGCCCUGAUACACCUCCCCGAGUCCCUGAUACCGGCGCUCGUGACCCAGGGCGUGCUAGUCGUCGACGCAGCGGGCAUCCGGUGGGCAGUAGGCGACGCGUGCGUGCUCGUCGCGGACGGCGAAUGCAGUGCAGAAGGCGAGCGUGACGGAGCCUGCGCGCGCAGCAGGACGCAGCAGUGGGAUAUGGACGCGCAAGGGGGGUUUGGAGGCGGAUGUGGAGUUCGAGCGUGUACACGGCCCCGCAUCGCGCUCCUCGACCUCGUCGCCUUCCGCCGCCAGCGCGUCGGUGCGCUGGCCGGCCAUACCCUCGAGCGCCCGGGACCUCCGGUCGUGGGCCCCGCGGAGCCGCGCUGCGGUAAAAAGGUCCGUAUCCUGGCCGAGCGGCAGUGCGUGGGGCCCGAUGGCGCGCGGUCCGUGGAGGCACUGCGCGACAACGAGGGAAGGCGUGGGUGUGCGCGGCGCAAGUGGGCGGGUGAGAAGGGGAGGAGACGGGGGGCGAUGUGCUGGGACUCUGAGCGCGGGUUUUGA